AUGGAUCUGCACGGUCUUUGUAAAUUAAUAAAUCUCCCCACCAGAAUAACAGCAAACAAACAAUCAGUUAUUGACAACAUAUUUGUAGAUGGCUCGUUGAAUGUGUGCUUGCAAGGAGUGUUGGCCUGUGAUUUGUCUGAUCAUUUGCCGGUCCUCACACAAAUUUCUUUCAGCAAACAAGUAAAAAAAGAAAAACUCAUCGUAGUGCCUUCAACAAAAUUCUUGUUCUCAUCAAAUCGAAUCAGCAACUUAAAUAAACGACUUUGUGAAAUUGAUUGGACCGACGUAUAUGAUUGUUGGGAUGUCGAAAUGGCUUGGGUAAAAUUUGUCGAGCUUUUCAAAUGUUGUAUGAUAAAAUGCUGCCAAGUAAGUAAUAAUAAAAUUAAUAAGAUCAGCAAACAAAAGCCAUGGUUCAAUAGUGAAAAUAAAAAGAUACUGAAAGCUAAAAAUCGAUUGUUUAAAAAAUUCCUUAAAAACCCAAAUGAUGAAAACAAUAAUAAUUAUAAAUCUGCAAAUAAAAUUUAUAAAAAAAUAAAAAACAACGCAAAGAAACAGUAUUUCCAUAAUAUUCUAGAAAAUAACAAACAUGAUAUGAAAAAAUCAUGGAAAAUUAUGAAUGAUGUUCUGAGGAGAUCAAAUAACGACUCAAAAAGUAAUAAUAUACAUCUGAAAAGAAAUGGCCAGAUUGUAAAUGAUCCAGAAAAUGCUCUAAAUGAUCACUUUGUUUCUAUCGCCGAGAAACUUAACGUAAAUUUUGUUAAAACUUUUGAAUAUAAAAAAUCAAUGAAAAACACUAUUCAAAAUUCAAUGUUCAUAAGUUCAGUGACAACGUCAGAGAUAAACUAUCAAGAUCCCUGGGCGCCAUCAACAGAAUCAAAUUCUUUCUACCAAGACGCUCUCUAA